AGCCAUCUUUCAUCAUUGAUUCUUUCUUUCCCACGCCCCCUAUUUUCUUCGAUUUUGCUCCUAUAAUAUCAUGGCCGCUAAUAUUAAUGCAGCUCCUCCGUCUGCGGGUAAGCCUGCCCUCUUCGGCAAGGAAGACCGCAAUACACCGCUAGACAGAGGCCUUCGCUGCUUCCCGGAACACUACGAGAGAAACUACAAGGUACUUCUAAUUCUCGAGGAGACAUUUUAGUUUUUGAAGAUCAUGUUUUUGAAGAUCAUAUUUUCCUUUUCAGCAAGAACUACGAUGUUAGAUUAUUGAGCACAAGAAAUAUUAUCUCUCCUCGCUUCGUCCUGUUGCAUUCUAAUUAAGUUCUGGACGUACGCCUCGUGCUAGGUAAAUGAAUCGGUGAAUGAAUGAAUUAAACAAAAAACCUUCACCAACACGACACAUCUUCACGACAGGGCAACGACUUAUCGAAAAUUGAGGAGCGAAAUCGACGCGGUUCUACUGUCGCAACUGCCGAUGCGCACGCUCGUGUCUUCUCUUCCCAAUGGACACAGAGGCAUGACAUCGAGAAUGCUGAUCUCCCAAAACUCACGGCACAAAGUGCAGCGAAAACCAAGUCUGUGAUGAACGCCUAUAGAAACGAAUCGAUCGACGGUUUAUUGCAUGAUGGACAUCAUGAUUAUACCGCUGAAACGAGUAGAGACGCGCCCACUGGGUCUACCUCGAAUGCUGGAAAGAGCGCGACUGGUGGAAGCGGGAAUUCAAGAAUUACUGCUGGAACAUGUACUAGUUUUUCAGUAGAAGCUUAAGUUAUUUUGUUUUGCUGGCUUUUUAAAAAACGAAAAAAAAAGAAUGUAGAUGAUAACGAUAAGAUUGUAUAAUACAAGAUUGAUAGGAAGAUGUAGAUGAUAACUCCAAGAUAGGAAAGCCUAUAAUACUAUUAUAGGCUUUCCUAUCUUGGAGUUCGUAUCGUUAAUAUUAAGAAAUGUAGCCAACAACUGCUACAACUCCUACUUCCAACUUACCAUAGACAUGAUCCAGAUACAACUCCUACCAAACUACAGUGACGGCCCUCGAAGCUCUUCCUGUCUACGAAACUGAUGUCCCCGUGAUGAGAUACGAUCAGUUGUACAGUCUCAGCCAGGGUUCUCUGCUGAGACACGCCACGCACCUUCACGACACAUUGUCGACAGUUGGCAUUGACGUGGUCCUCCCGAAAUGCAGAGGCGUCGAAGACUUAACUCGUUGGGUCCUGGCGACGCAAGUUCAUUUGAUGUUGGGACUGUAUCUGCAUCCGGUUCAUGACGCGCAUAUGAUGGAUCACGCAGCAGGCUCGGAUCAUGAAGAUGAUCUUCGUUCUAGACGAGAUGUAGAUGAACGAGAAGUACUAGGACCUGCUGAAGAUGGAGAUAGGGAUGGUACGACUAGGGGUUACGAAACUGACCGAACUUCGGAAAUUGAGUCCUCGCCUUACGUUAAGCAGACCCUCGAUAUGGACGGGAACUACCGUUUGCGUUUUGGGGCUGAAAAUACCGGUUUGUUCCAUUAUGAUAAGUCUUACGCAGGUCCCGAGCCACCGCAACGAGCAGGAGGAGGUAGCCUAUCGUUUCGACCGAGUAAGAGAACGGAGAGCAGAGGAUCGAAUGCUCAAGCUGCUCAAGCUCAAGGUCAAGACAAUUCGAAUAUCAUGGGAAAACGUUCAACCUUAGCCCUCGAGGUUCAUUUUCGAGGACACCCUGGCCACGUGAUGCCGCGUAGAGGCAGUCGACGUAUUAUUACGGGUGAUCAGGACAGACAUUGCAUUCUCUACUACCAUCCUUGACUUUUUUUCCAGUAUUGAGAGGUUCUUGGAAGUUGGCCUAUCUUAAUAAUCUCUUAAGAGCAUCUUUAAUUAUUAAAGAUGCUUUGGUUACCCCAAGAGUGGGUACAUCAAUCAAUCAAUCGCAUCUUUAUGGCUUCUUCAAGUAGGAAAGCCAUAGAUAUGCGAGCUAGAGACGGCAACUUUCAACCCCUAAAGUACUUAGGAAAAGGGUGGUCGUCAGGGAUCACCUUCGGAAGAAUGCAAAAAUGUCGCAGCUGCCUCUAAUACUAGUGAAUUAGCGGCAAAGCUCAUGGCUGAGGAAAAGUCUAACCGCCACAUGCAUUUGCAGGUUGGGUCUCUGCACAAACCGAUCGACGAAACGUUAGACGAUGACCAUGAGAUGAAGGAAAUGGCUCUCUUACUGCGAAAGCUUGGUGCUCCCAAUGCCAUGAUCGCCACUGAGCUGCGGAAACCAACCAAGCCUUUUGUGGAUGAACACAGACGGCAUCUAGAGGCGGAUCUGAGACAGAAUGAGAACUACGUCGUAACCCAUGGAGGAUCUUCGCCAAAGUUAAGGGUUCUUACCACAUGAUGAUUGCAUUCUUCACUAGUACCAUGAUUCUUGACUUUAUUUUUACCAGUAGGAACAAAAGGGUCCUCGUCAAGGAAGAUGACCUAGAGGACCUUCUGGAGUAGAAUGCUAAAAAUGCAACAAAAAUGUCCAUGUCGCUGUCGCAAAAUAGCGUACCUCUAACAAAGACGUACUUCCAAUCGUCUACUUCGAAAUUGGCUUUUACGCAACACGGACCGCACGCAAGUCAUGUCAAGAUCAUCCGCGAUCCGAACAAGCAGUAUAUGAACGACGAUCCCAGGCAAAUGCAGCUGCAUGGCAGGCUGAUCCGCCGUGAAGACAAUCAACGCGGAAAAGCCCACGUGGACACGAGAGCGCACGCUUUCGACCGAUAUGCCGGAAAUAGGAAGAGCAAUCAGAACGAUAGCUUUAUUAUUUUUAAGGCUACCCUACAAUAAAUGCAUCUUGAUUCGAUUGUUCAGACGAGGCAUCUUGUUCAGAGGCAUCAAUCUUGGUCCAGAUGUUUUUAAAGGGAAAAGGAGGCCCAAGAAGAUGCUGCUCAAAAUGGGAGACUUCUCUUGGUUCUAAUAUUUCAGGGAAGUUGGCGCAUCACGUGACGAAAAAAGAGAUGCAAGGCGGUGACGGAGCGGCUGGAGUGACGACGGACACUAGGGAAGAACACGAAAAAAAAGCGGGAAGACAUCAUUUCAAUCAUUCGCCGUUGAAUCCGUGCAGACAAGCUUCCUCGCAUUUUACAGGUCCUAUAAUUUUUUGAUUUGAUGAUUAUAUUUUUGCUUUGUGAAGAUUCUUGAAACUUUCUUGAUAACCACCUUUCUUCAUCUAAGUAGAUGAGUUGAGAUUUUCGUUUACCGCCGCACCACCGUGCUUCAUCACCUACUACGACCAGCAUGUCGUGCAUAUUAAAUGCUUACUGCUCACCUAGAAAUCCUAAAUGUUUUCUUCUUUUUACCUUUAGGCUAUCCCUUCCUGCAAUAUCAUGUAUAAGUAGAUACAUCACAUAUUAGAUGCAGAUGACUCCUUCACGACUUCUUCACUUCUUGACUCUUCAUCCACGAAUAUGAUACCUAGGUUCCGGCUUCGACCGUUCUAAGGAUUUCGAAGAUGAAUACAGAAAGGAAUACGCAACUAUGAUGGGAGGAAGGCGCCACGUGGAGCCCUUCAACCAGGACCCUUCGCGCGUGAGGACUCCAGAGAGACGACAUAUCUCUCCUCCUACGCAGCGGAUCGGACUGGACUUCUCUCUUCCGCCUACCGUGGAUCCAGGCUGCGCCAUC